AUGGUUGGCAAGGAAAAAGUGCAUAAUACUUUGGGAGAAGUACUUCACCAUAAAUCGCUCCCUGCUGGAUAUUUGAAAGUAUCAAUUGAUAUUGCUUCAGAGGGAGGUCCGUUAUUAUCAAUACCUAACGAUGUUUUAGAUGCAACAUUGGUGGGAGAGGCAAUAAGUGCAUAUGUUGUAUGGUCGUCAAGCCUCAUUCACGUAGAUGAUGAGAUUCAUGCUAAAGAGAUCGAACAAGUCAGUAGGGGUAAGGAGCUUGGAAUUAGCAACAUUUUCACACAAAAAAAGGAUGUUGCUAAGAAGGCCGCGACUAGCAAAAAACCUACUUCUCAGUAUAAGUCGUGCCUUCAGACAUAUAUAGGAAUAACAAAUAUUCCGAAUGGUGGUACUCGUCUUAUACCUAUGAAGGAAUAUAUUUUUGGUUAUGAAUACAUGGAAGCAUCUGGUAGAGAGAAUCUGGAUCAAGUUUCUAAACAUUUGAAAUUAGGCCUCAGUGUUAUCGAUAUAUACAUCAGGUUUCUAUAUGACAAAGUGAUGCGCCCGCGCGGAUUGGAAGAACAAUUUGCUUUCUUAGCACCCAACACUGUCAACUCAGGGUUAAUCGUAACGAAACCAGAUGAUGUCAUAGCGCUUCUACAAGCUUUUCGAUCACAAAGAUAUAUUCAAAUACCAAAGAGUAGAGCCAAUAACAUUACAUGGAUCAGAGUGCAAGUUAUAGGUGCAGAUGUGGAAGAUAGAGCUAACAAGUUCGUUGUUGUUGUUUUUUAG